AGCAAAAGGCCAAUAGACUUGCCAUGGAAGAAAAAACAGAAUCUAAACGCCGCAAAACCCUAGAACGAGAAUUAGAAUGGGUACGCAUGGGUGCCAAAGGUCGUCAGGCAAAAGGGAAAGCACGUCUUAGCGCUUAUGACAAAUUGCAGAAUGAAGAGACAAGAGAAAAAGAAGCUAAACUGGAACUCUUCAUCCCACCUGGAGAUCGUCUAGGUAUCAUCGGACCGAAUGGUGUGGGUAAGUCCACGCUAUUUAGAAUGAUCAUGGGCAAUGAACAACCCGACAGUGGUAGCAUCACGAUCGGGGAUACCGUGCAUCUCAGUUAUGUAGAUCAGUCACACGCAGACCUCAAACCUGACCUCACGGUGAUGGAAGCAGUAGGCAAAGGUUUGGAACUCAUCAUGGUAGGCAAAACUCAAGUCAAUGUCAGGGCAUACCUAAGUGGAGAACGCAACAGAGUCCACCUAGCCAUGACACUCAAAGAAGGUGGCAACGUUCUACUCCUAGAUGAACCUACCAAUGACAUAGACGUAAACACACUCAGAGCGCUAGAAGAAGCCAUCGAAAACUUUGCAGGAUGUGUCAUGGUCAUCUCCCACGAUAGAUGGUUUAUAGAU